CUCAGACAAGUAUGCAUUGGGCGGACAAGCACGGGAUCACCGGAGUGAUCUAUGCUGGUAUCCUGCUCAAUUCGCAAGUAACAUUGGCGCCGCCAAACGGUCCUGUCCUCAAAGAUUUCAAGUUGGGUAUGCUCGCAGCUACGAGCGUCGAUUUUGGUAUCGACUACACCAACGCUGCCGUCACGCCCGAUGGCAUGCUCGGUCUGGCACUCAGAGCCAUGUCCAAAGGCGAUAUUAAUGGCGCACCCGCCUCGCAGACCAUCGAGCCUAUCGCAGAGGCAAUGGCUUCUCAAGGACUCGUUUCGAAGCGCAAUGCGGGCGUGACGCUACAGAUCAACAGACGCAAGACGCUCACUACACAGAGAGACACCGGCGUGCUUUCAUUUGGAGCUGCUGAUACAUCCCUCAUCAACGGCGAAUUCAAGUAUGCACCUACCGAGCUGGUCUUUGGCAAUCUGUCCUACUGGGCGACGAGGAUCAACAUACCCGCUCUUGGUUUAUCUGAUUCUUCUGUCUCUGAUAAUUUGGCGGUCAUCGAUACAGAGCUCUAUCUGACCAGUCUUCCAGCAACGGUCUAUAACAACUAUAUUGCCAGCAUCCCAGGCGCAAACCUGCAAGCCGGGUUCAUUGUGAUUCCCAAUGAAAGCAUCAAGCACAUGAAGCCACUCGAGCUCAGACUGUCUACCGGUGCCAGUCUCUCCUUGCCAGUGUCUGCUCAACUGCUUCCGGACGCCGUGAACGUGGCUCAGAGUGGGGAUCCGAGCAAAUACGCGCUUGCUAUCUUUGACGGAAGUGUGGAUCAGACGGGCGGCUUCUUGCUGGGCACAAGUUUGCUGGAAUACUUUACGCUUCACCUGGAUUCGGCUCAUUCGCGUAUUGGCUUCGGCGUCAACGCGAACUACAAGCCUUAGAGACGUGCAUGCACGCCUAUCAAAGACCUGCCCUGUAGCCAUAUGAUGCAAUCUUGUACUCCUUGCG